GCCUUUUGAACUUGAGGCAGUUGCAAUGUGGCCGAUAAUGUAACCCUGGCGGGAAUAUCUUUUUAGCAGCGAAACUGUGACCAAAUCAACAAAAUCAUGACGACAGGAGCUUCCAAUCCAAAUAAUCCAGUUGUUUUUUUUGACAUCGCUGUCGGUGGACAGGACAUAGGUAGAAUGAAGAUGGAGUUAUUUGCUGAUGUUGUUCCAAAAACUGCUGAGAAUUUUAGACAAUUUUGUACUGGAGAAUACAGAAAGGAUGGACUUCCUGUUGGUUAUAAGGGAGCCAAUUUCCAUAGAGUCAUAAAGGACUUCAUGAUUCAAGGAGGUGAUUUUGUAAGCGGAGAUGGCAAAGGUGUUUGCAGUAUUUAUGGAGGAAAAGGUGUUCCAUUCCAAGAUGAGAACUUUAAGCUUAAACAUGAGUCUCCAGGGCUACUUUCCAUGGCAAAUAGUGGUCCAAAUACAAAUGGUUGUCAGUUCUUUAUCACCUGUGAAAAGUGUGACUUUCUAGACUCAAAGCAUGUUGUUUUUGGAAAAGUUAUUGAUGGCCUUCUUGUCAUGAGAAAAAUCGAGAAUGUACCAGUUGGAGCAAACAAUAGACCGAAACUUGCAGUAGUAAUCAGUCAAUGUGGAGAAAUGUGAAUCGCAUUGAAUGAUAUAGCUCUGAAGGUUCUUAUCCACUUCAAAAGACGGCAUGCAUUUUGCAAAGUCUGGAUACCAUCAAGAGAUCGGGGAAGGUAUAAACAUACAGGAUUUCCAAAGAUUUGGAAUGUAAACCAAGAAUAUCAGUCUAGAAACAUUUUUAUUACAUAAAAAGUAGAAAUAAUAACGAAAUGUGCUUUUAGUUAUUAUUGUGGCUUUAGUUGCAUUAAACAAGUUGGUUG